UCCCAAGCUGGCUUCAAUCUAGCUGUCCUGGACUGGUCUUGCCGUUUUCCGGACCAUAUCGCCGGCGUCACACUCAAUUUUCCAUCGCUGCCAUCAUGCAAUUAAUAAAUGUACCCGCUGCUGUACUGGGCGUCGUCGACAUGAUAAAGUCGUGCAAAAUCGUGCAAACAAGAAGAAAAUUACUCGUCGGUUGCAAGGCCCGGUCCAUACCGGCACUUUUCGGAUCAGCUGCAGAACCCAAAUACAUAAUAUCCCAAGCACUGUACUGCACUUGCACUGCACUGCUUCAUUACUUGAUCUUGCAUGCCUGCAGAAAUAUGCACAAUCGACCAGCCCAGAAGCUUCCAUCAAACUUUUCUGCCGUGUAUCAUGCAGUAAUACCCCACCGCAUGUGUCCAACAAUACUCAAAGAGUCAAAAAGAGACAUGCUGAUACUGUACUCUCGCUGCUUCGCUGUUCACAGCUACCUGGUUUGCAAUACAUGUCUUCUGCCACUUGGCAUCAUUGAAAGAACAGACGUUGUCGUUGAUCGUUCAAUGAAACUCGGAAGCCAUUGAGACAGACAACGGCACGGCUCUUCUCCGUCCCGUCGAGACGAACCGUCUUUUUGCACAGACUAUGAUGCAAAACAAGGCUCGGGAGUCAGCAAGGUGGACCAUGUUGGAGAACUUAGACUUUACUAGCUCGUCUU